AUGGCAUCCUCCGAAAUUCUCUCACAGACGCUCUUUUCCAUCACUAGUAUCAAGCUUGAGCAGUUGAACAAACAGAGGAAUGCCUACGAAUCUGGCAAGCGCUCUCUCCUGGAAGAUGCCGCCUACGAGACGGACAACAAGAAACGGGCCAAGGUACUCUUGGAGGGAGCUGAAAAGCUCCCCUCAAUGACACGUAUAAUCUGUGAUCCUCUGGUGUCCGUUGAAAACUUCAAGCGUUUUGUUCAGCAGGCACAGUACGACCCGUCUGUCUCCGAUCACUUCAUCCAGGACUAUGAGGAAACUCUGCGGAACGAGCUCCAAGUGCAGUCCAACAAGUACGAGUUUGCCUCUCUCUAUGGCAGACUUGUCAAUGAGUGGAUCGCUGUGGGCAAGGAGGAACGUGAUGCAGCAAGCGAUUACCUGCCAGUCGGCCGCAAGGAAAGCCAUGAGCAGCGGGCAACAUGGGAAGAGUACGUCUUCAGGGCCAAGGUGACCGACAUGGAUGCCAUCAAGGCUUAUCUGGAUGAUGUUUUCACCUCCGAGAAAGCCGUCAAGAAAGCUCUGGAGUCGCUUCGAAAGAAGCUGGAAGCUUUUCAGAAGCAUUGGGACAGCCAGACACACUUCACCGAGCAGACACUUUCGACCUGCAUCAAGGGCAUGCUGCGAAGUGAUGUUCUCACGGAUAGCAAGCGAGCUACUCUGAAAGACUUCCUUGGAAACUCGGUGGUACUUUCGGAGAUUGCAGACGUCCUGAACAUGCGCAUGUCCACUCGGAAGACCUGGGUUUGGGAAAGUGAUCUGAUCAUCGACCAGCGUCGGAACCUCAACGGUCGCUACCGCUUCUAUCCGGAAGAGGAUCUGCUGCAGUCUGUGUUUCUUCAUUAUAUCGGGAUGCAAUGGGCGGUCACCAUUCGGAAAGAUCUCGGUUCCCUCUUCAGCUCAGCAGGUGUCCUGGAUGUGUGGAAGUCAGAUACAAAACCUAUCAGCAAGGAGGACUUACGACGUCGCGAUUUCUUCCUCAAUGAGUUGGAGACAUCUGGCCCAGGUGUAGAAGGGAGUGUGCAGCAGAGAAGAGCGAGACAUUACGACGAAGAGAUCUUCCUGGAUCAGCUGCCAAAGCAUAUUGCUGAGCAGCGUGGUGGAUACGGGGAUGACCACAGCAAAGAGGAGGACACCCGCAAGAGCCACAUUGAUGUGACGCAGAACUUGCUUCAUAUGAUCAAGACGGAGAUCAUCUUGGGGACAAGACUGAGUAAUGGGUUAACUGUAAUCCGUUCUGAUUUCAAGUGGUUCGGGCCAAGCAUCCCUCAUACCUCGAUUUUUGCGGUACUCGAUUACUUCGGUGUCAACGACGAGUGGAUCGAGUUCUUCAGGAAAGUCCUCGAAGCUCCCCUCCGGUUCAAGCAGGAUCCAGCGAGUGCUCCCGCUCAGAUUCGGAGGCGAGGGACUCCCCUAAGCACCCCGCUAGCUGAUUUCUUUGGCGAGACGCUGCUAUUCUGCGUUGAUUUCGCCGUCAACCAGAAGGCGGAUGGGCUUCGGCUCUACAGGCUACACGAUGAUAUGUGGCUUUGGGGUAACGCCGAUGCCUGCGUCAAGGGCUGGAAGGCGAUGACAAAGUUUGCAAAUGUUGUGGGCCUGGACUUCAACCUCGAAAAGACUGGCUGCGCGCGGAUUUUGAGAAAUGGCCGCGACACCGGCAAGGUGCCAACCGGGCUGCCGAAAGGCGACGUCACCUGGGGGUUUCUAAAGCUGGACCCGGUCACAGGCCGUUUCUUGCUCAACCAGGCAGACAUCGACAAACACAUCGAGGAACUGCGUCUGCAACUAAACGCUUGCAAGAGCGUGUUUGACUGGACCCAGGCGUGGAAUAUCUACGGCGCGACCUUUUUCACCAAUAACUUUGGCAAGCCCGCCAACUGCUACUCUCGCGCGCAUGUCGACUCGAUGCUGGCGACAUUCCAGCGCAUUCAGCAGCGUCUAUUCCCAGACACUCCCGGCGGCGUCGGUGAACAUCUGAAGAGGAUGAUCGCUGAUCGCUUUGGGAUUCCCGUUGGUGACAUCCCGGACGGAUACUUGUACUUCCCUAUUUCGCUGGGAGGACUCGGUCUGAAGAACCCCUUCAUCAAACUGUACCUGAUCCGAGAUCAAGUUGCAGAGAAUCCGGACGAGUUCAUUGACGAGUUUCUUGAAUGGGAAGAGCAGUGGUAUCAGAAAGCUAAGAAGCGCUACGAGCGAGAGCGAGAGACUCCCCGCCAUCAGGCGCGCCUGCACAGGGAGGAAUGGCACGACCUGAAAGAUGCGCCUUUCAUGAGCCUGGAGGAGUAUCGACGAUAUCGGGAGCGGACGAGCACCAACUUCGGCCACUCAGUGUUUGAGAAGCUGAUGGAGGAGCCGGACGCGUUAGAUGUGGAGCUCAAGGGUGAGGUCAAGGCGAUUCUGAACUGGUCAGAGUGGCGUGAGCUCACCAGCUAUGAUAAGUGGGUGGUGCAGCUCUUCCAUAAGGAUAUGAUUGCGAGGUUCGGUGGGCUUAAUAUCGUGGAAAAGGGGCUGCUUCCUAUGGGGUUAAUGUCCAUGCUGAGGCAGAGCAAGUUCAGGUGGCAAGGCUGA